GCACGCCUACGUCCAGUCGGAGCUCAGCAGCGCGGUGGGUCGGUUACUAGGCCUGCUUGCGAUUGUGUUCCUGCGAGGGCGCAGGCGCGCGCAGCUUCCCAUCGUCGUGGGAUGAUCCGAGACGAUAUGCGCCGCGGAAGUUCGCGCGUCCACUCUGCGCGUAUGUACCUCCGACAUCGCCCCUCUGCUACCAUCGCGCGCAAGUCCGAGGCAUCUCCUUCCCACCAACCGUAUCCGAUAUCGCUGCUUCCCCCACCAAUAGCACACGCCACUCGCGGACCGGUCUCAUUACGGACCUUCACUCGUUGUAUCCAUACCCGAGGACGUUCGACGCCCUACUCCGCUCCCGCCGUCCACCGCCGCUGUCGUUAUACAUAGGCCUCAUACACUACUUCGCGAACCCUAAUGUACAUGUCCCGGUAAUGUACGCUUUCUUGGUACCCAUCGACUCUCAUCGCCUCCCAUCGCGGGCAUCUGUCCCACUCCGUCGUGCGCGGACGAUGCGAUAUUCGGAAUCGCGCGCCUGUCGUGACCUCGUCCGCAGAGGACAAGGGCAUGCCCCGUACCUGUUCAGUUCCCG